AAAAAUUUUUUGAGCCAUACAAAAUUAAAUGUUGCCGGCUCACAACAUUGGUUUGAAGACAAGAUUUGUUUUGAUUAUUGAUAAUUUUAAAUUUUUCCCGCUUUUUUUUGAUAUUUUGAAUCAUCAUUUAAACAUCAUGGUUAUCACAAUGAUGAUGGAUACAAGUUCAACAGUAACGUCAACAUCAUUUAAAAUCAAAGAUCUAUUACUUCGUGCUUGGCGUGAACGAUGGACCGAAAUUGAAUGGGGUCGUGAAAUUAAACGUUUAUUACGUGGUGUUUCGGGCGAUGUAUAUGAUCUGGCCGAUUGUAUGCUACGGCAAGCGAUAAAUGGCCCUGUAACGAACAGUUUAUUGAUGCUUUAUCUGAAUCAUUGUCUUGAUUCUCAAAUCAUAUCGUUUGGUGCAUGUAUUAUGGCCAUAACUAAAAUUCCUGAUCUCAAACCACAAUGUAUGAAUUCAUUAUUAGAUUUUCUUAUCCGUUAUAAAACACGUACCAAUUGUUAUGGAAAUGAUGAUGAAUGUAUUGCACUUUGUCGUUCACUGGUAACAUUUGUUCAUUGGUUACAUUCGAUUAUUCUUAGUUCAUUGAAUGAAUUAAAUCAUGAAUUUGGAUCAAAUUUGGACCCAACAAAUAUUUUAACAAUUGAUAAUAUUCAUUGGCUAAUUAUGGAUAAAUCAUGUCAAAUGCUUCGAUUUAUUAUUGAUUCAUCAUAUUUAAAAGCAUUACUUUAUAUUGGUCGAAUGGAAGAACAAACGGUUUGGAAACAAUGUAUACAAUUACAUAAUGAAUUGAUUAUGAAACUACAACAACAAAUGUCUCAAUCGUCAUCAUCAUCAUCAUCAUCAUCAUCGAUUAAAUCAAUUUUUGAUACAAUUCAAGCAUUUCAAACCAAAAUCGAAUGGCUUUCGAAUGAUGGUAUUACCAAUACGAACGUGAAAAAACAGCCAAAUAUUCAACCAUUAGAUACGGAAAUAACAAAUUCAAUCAUUCCAGUCGUCUAUCAAAUGAUGACAACCCGUCCAGAAUUUGGUUAUAUCCAAUAUCGUCCAUUAUCACAUCAUUCUAUUCGUAUUGUUGUAUCAUUCUACGCUAUUCUAGAUCCAUCAUGUUCCAAUGAAUUGAUUGCCAAUUAUUUAGCCAUUAUUGCUCGUUCAUUUGAUUUAUCAUUAUCAAAACUUUAUUGUGAAAUAUUACAUACAUGCUUAGUCGGUCUUAUCGAUACACAUAAUCUGGCCAAUGAAGAUCGUAAAAAUAUCAAUUAUCAUGCUUGGAUUGCAUUCUUAUUGUUUAAAAUACCGCAGAUAUUUUUACAACUAUCACAUCAUCGUAUUAAACUUCGGAAAGAAAUUCGAUUUCAAUCAGAAGAUCAAUCAUCAGUGGUGGAUAAUCAUCAUCAUUCAGAUCUUGAAUCUGGUAUCGAUAUGUUGAUGGAUUUGGGACCAUGUAUUGAUCAAUUUUUACUUCGAUAUAAAACUGAACAUUUGCAAAAAUUAUUCGAUUCAUUUAAAGAACCUCAAAUGAAUCUAUUAUCUGCUACAUCAGUUGAUCGUUAUAUGCGUGAAAUUAAUCGUAUGGCAUUAUCAGCAUCUAAUGAUUCAAUGCAAAAUAAUUUAUAUAAUAAUGAUACUGGUAGUGAUCAACAACAACAACAACAACAAACAGAUAGCCAACAACAAUCAUCAUCAUCAUCAUUGGAUGCUUUAUCAUCAAAUAUUCUCAUAUUCCGUGCUGAACAUACAGUCACUUCAAUAUUGGCACCAUUGUAUAUGGAAAAUUGUAAAAUUGAAGAAGUUGCCGGUAUUAUUUGUCGUAUGCAACAUUCAUUCGAUGUUAUUCUUUGUGCUGCUGCAUCAAAUGGUCUUUUACCAAAAUUUGCUCAACGUUUAAUGGAAUUAAAUCGUUCGAAUAUUGUAUCACGUGGUGAAAAUGUACGUUCAUCACAGAUACGUGCCGUAAUAUUUGAUAUAACAUUCAUAUCAUUAUGUUCACUAAUCGAACAAUAUCGUUCAGAUGUUCUUCUUGAAUCAAAUUCGACAAAUAAUCAAUCGGAUAAUUCAAAUUCAUCAUUUUUUAUCAAUUGGUGUCGUUGGAAUAUUCCAUCAACAAAUGCCUGUUAUGCACCGAAUGUUAUAUUAAGUUCAUAUAAAGAUGAGAGUAAAUAUGAACAUCUUUUGCCACAAUUAAUCACCACAAAUGAUAUGACUGAAUUUCGUACAUCAUUAGUUAGUUGGGAUGAAAUGUGUAUUGCUGCACAAUUUGCAACUGCCGAAAUAUUGAAUGCAUGGAUACAUGAUCAAAUCACUGAAGAUGAUGUUCGUAUAUUUAUCGAUCGUCUUAAAUCUCGGCUAUGUUCAUUAGGCUUGUCGGCUGCUUGUUGGUUAUUUGCUAAACUUGAAACAAUAUCGGCUGAACAUCAAUCAAAAAUAAUGAUGAUGUUACAGGAACUACAAACACCAUCAACAUCGAUGAUAAAUUCCAGUACGGAAUCAUUUUCCAAUGAUGCCAAUGAAACGAAUCUAGCAUUUGGUUAUAAACAACGAUUCCUGUUAAUGUCAACUACAUUGAAACGUUUAUUAACUAAAUAUGUACCGCAUACAAAAUUGUCAACGAUGAAUAAUUCUCCAACGAAAACCGGCACAACAUUACCAAUACGUUUAUCGAAAUCUCCUUUGAAUACAAUGCUUGAUCAAUGUUUACAUAUGACUCGUAAACAUUUUACAUUGAAAUUAAUUUAUGAUUUUGAUGGCCUUUAUUCAUUGGGCGGUCCUAGAUGGUUCGUUACACAAGUGUUUAGAUAUUUAUUCAAUUUCUGCGAUAAAACUGUCGUCUGUCUUCAGGACAGCGUUGAUUUAGCAUAUGGUCUAUUUCAUAUUGAUCUUGAACAAUGUGCAUUGGUAUUACUUCGUCACACGUUACCGAAAUUUUUAUUAUCAAAAUCAAAUGAAUUACAUUUGACUGAACCAAUAAUCAGUGCAUUGAUUCGAUUGACAGUAAUAACCACGUAUUCAGCAUUGGAACAAUUGGUGAAAUUUUCACAGUUUAAUAUGAAAAAACGUACUGGACAUCGACAUAAUUAUCAGGAAAUUCAUGAACUUUAUCCAGAUGAAUCAUUAGAAUUGAAUGACAAUCUAUUGGAAAAUACGGCUUUCUAUUAUAAACGUCGUGAACAUCAAUCAAAUUCCUCCAAUCAAAAUGUAGUAACCAAUGGUAAUGGCAAUCCGAUGGAUGUUGGUGACAAUCCAAUUGAUGAAAAUUCAUGGUCAUUUUCUAUUGAUUCUGAUACAACUGAUUAUCAAUGGAUACUAAAAGAACCAUUAUAUAUUGAAUUAGUGCAUUUAUUUCAAUUUAUUAUGGAACAAUCAUUUGAAUAUGAAUUUAGUCCAUGGCUUUUAGUACCUAUUUCCUUGAUGGAACAAAUAUUAUUGAAUCUUCGUGAAGAUGCACCGAAAUUUUUACAAUUCAUUUCAUUCAAUCUACUUGAAGCAAUGAUUCAUUUGGGUCAUUGUCAAUCACCUUGUAUUGAACAAUUAUUAGCCUAUCUAGUAUUGGAUACAUCACGUUCAAGAAAAAUUGGUGCAAAAUUAAUCUGCCAACUGGAAUUGGUUCGUCAAUAUGUUGAUAGACAACGGAAUGGUAGUCAUAAUAACCGUAAUGUACAGCAACGAUUAAUGAUGACUAUGAAAUCCAAACAAACCACAUCAAUCAAUCAACAAUCAACCAUAGCAAUUAAUAAUAAUAAUCAACAACAUUGAAUGAUGACCUCGAUUUUAUUUAUUAAAAAUACAACAAAUUCAAUAUGUUGCUUAGCGGAAAUGUUCAACCAAAAAUCAGAUGAAAUUCCCAAAAAAAAAAAACAAAACAAAAACGAUUAUAACUUCAAUGUAAACAAUAACAAUACAUGAUAUGGAUAUAUCGUAAUCAUGGAACUAACCAGUAUCCAAGACGAUCAUUUCAUUUAUUAUAACGAUAAUGGUAACGGCAGAAACACAAAUAUAUUUCUCGAUUGAUAGACAUCAUACCAUACUGAUCUCUACAAUCAAAACGGUUUGAUGAUUGGAUUGAGUUUACUUUUUCGGCAAAUUUAUCGACAACGACAAAAAUAUCAUUUCAUGGGUGUUGUUUUUUUUGCAUACCACACAACAGUUUAUAUUUAUGAAAGCAAAAAUGCAAUUAGAUUGUU